GCUGGAGUUAAAACUGUUAUACUCGCGGUGAGUUACAUGUCAAAUGUUUUGGAAAAGGAGAUGAACAAACAUGCAAAGAGGCUUGGAAUUGAAAUUAUAUUUUCUCAAGAAGAAGAACCAUUAGGAACAGCUGGGCCGAUUGCUUUGGCAAGAAAGUACCUGGGUAGUUGUGCGGAACCCUUUUUUGUUUUAAACAGUGAUGUUAUUAGUGAUUACCCCUUCUCAAAUCUUCUGGAAUUUCAUAAAGGACAUGGUAAAGAAGGGACAAUAUGUGUUGCUAAAGUUGAAGAACCAUCCAAAUAUGGAGUUGUUGUUUAUGAAAAAGAUUCUGGUAGAAUACAAAGGUUUGUUGAAAAACCUCAGGAAUUUGUUUCUAAUAAGAUAAAUGCAGGGAUGUACAUAUUCAACCCCUCUGUGUUGGAAAGAAUUGAGGAGCGACCAAUGUCAAUUGAAAGAGAGGUCUUUCCCUCCAUGGCUGAGGAUGAUGAAUUGUACUGCAUGGAACUUAAUAAUUUUUGGAUGGAUAUCGGUCAACCAAAAGAUUUUCUUAAAGGAAUGUGUAUGUAUUUAACAUCACUAAGACAGAAAAGUCCAGAAAAGCUGUACAGAGGACCUGAAAUUGUUGGAAAUGUAUUAGUG